UUAAAAAAGAAUGAAUGGAGGAUUCAUCAAAGAAAUGUUCUACCAACUUUGCUGGUAUUAUAUUUGUUUUUUAAUUACGACGGAGUUCAAGGAGAAAUAAAGUUGUCAGAACAAGAGGAAUUGGCAUUGGAGAAGCAAUUAAAACUUUUAAACAAACCAGCGGUCAAAACAGUUAAGACUAAAUGGGAAGAUACAUAUGAUUGUGUGGAUUUCUACAAACAACCUGCAUUUGAUCAUCCAUUAUUAAAGAAUCACAAUUUUCAUCCCAAGAUGAAACCCAUUUUACCAACAAUAAAACAUAUUUCAAAGAAUUCAACUAUUGAUAUAUUUUCGAAGAUAUCGUUAGAGAACAAUUGUCCUUGUGGAACCGUUCCUAUCAAAAGAGUUACCAGAGAUGAUCUUAUUAGACAAAGAGAUAUGCCAUCACCAGAAGAUUUCGAAUAUGAAGUCCAAUCAGAAGAUAAUACUCAUAAAGUUGUUGAACCAAGAGGCGGAUACAAUUACAAGGCCGGAAAUACACAUUGCUUCAACACAUUAUGUCCCGGCUUUUUGUUAGUAAACAAUAACAUACUUCUUGAUAAUGCAUUUACCAAUGUUUCUCGUCGAGGGAAUCAUGAACAACAACCGGAGAUUAUUGUCUACAUUGUUCGGGAUCUUGCGGAAGAACAUUGGUGGCUUUUGCUCGGAGAUAAACAAGUUGUAGUUGGUUUUUGGCCUAAUUGGAUUUUUAGCGCGUUAGCCAAUGAUUUUGCUACAAAUGUCGAAUGGGGUGGAGUGACAUAUACUCCUUCAGAAGAUCUCGAAAAUUAUGCCCCAAUGGGCUCUGCCAUGAUUCCUGUACGUAUAUCACCAGCACAUGAUGCUUAUUGUAGGGCACUUAUGGUUUUAAACGAUAAAGGUGAAACGCUAAAUGUAGUAAAAACGCCAAUAUUUCUUGACAAUCGAACGCUAUAUCAAGUGGUUGAUAAACCAUUUUGGGAAAAUGUAGAUUUUCCACAUUAUGUAUUUUAUGGAGGAACUCAUGUGCCAAGGAUAGAUAAAAAUAUGUAA